UGGCACGGUUGACGGAGGAAGAAUCCGAGUCGGUGCACACUCCACCACCAUGGUCUCCAGGGGCCCAGGCCAGGCCCCUUGCUUUUGCUUAGUCCCCUGCCAUAUGGGGACCCUAUGAUGGCCACUCAGGAGAUGGGGGGCCAGGAGGACAGGGGAGUGACUCCAGGCCAAGACUGUGGCCCCUGUUUCCAGUCCCCAGGGAGACCAGAGGGUCACCCGCUGUUAUGAGGAAGAGGACACCAGGCUGGCCCUGGCCCAGGGUGGGCAGCUCUGGUUUCACUCCUUGGCUCCAAGCCCCUGAGGCAGGUGCGGGAGCCGGGCAGGCACAGUGAGCAGGGCCCAGUGCCCCUCAGGCUCUGGGGAAGGGGUGUAGCCAGGCAGCCCAAGGUGGGAGGUGCUGGGGACAGGUGUGACCACUUCCAGUCUCUCCCAGCCUGCUGGCCUCAUCCUCUCCCAGAUUUCAAGGGCCACCCCUGGGAGCAUGGGGUGGACAUCGUCCCAUCAGCCUCCUGGAUCCAUACCCGUAAGGACCCCGAAGUGAAAUGAGGUGGCUUCACUCCAGCUCAUGGCAGAGGAAGGGGCAGCCUCAGGGCCCAGUGACCUGCUCAGGGCACACAGGAGUGCUGGGGCCAGGACGGCCCGAGGCUUCUGACCCACUUCUGCAGGGCGGCACAGGCGCUGUGUUCCACCCUCUUCUGUGGGCAGUGGUCCCGUGGGCGUCAUGCUGGGGCCUGAGCAGCAUGGCCAGAGGCUGGCCUGGGGUGGAGGCGACCUGGGCUGCAGGUUGUGGGUGGGGUCCUUGCUUGGCUCCUGGCAGCAGGACUCAGAGAAGUAACUGGAUCCAGCAGAGGGCCCAGCGGCCACUGAGGCUGCAGCCAGCGAUCGGGUUGCGGCAGUGCUGGGCGGCUUCGGCAUCGGGAAGGGGCAGCCAGGCUGGGAGCCCACACGGGGGGUCGGAGGAGGUGGGCAGGAGCGAGAGAGGCCAAGAGCUGCAGGGUCAUGAGGAGGGGCGCCGGGCCCACGCUGUGAGGAAAGGGGGUCAACCCUGCUCCCCAGCCCUGCAGGCCCUCAGGCUCUGCCCCCUGCAAUCCGGGAGUGGCUGAAAUCCAAGCUGAGGGGAAUGAAAGGCGCCACUCCUAAGCCGCACGUCUCUGAUCCGCCCUGUCCGCCCGCCCUCUGCUGCCCACUGGCCCUCUAAGAGCUGCCCAGGCGGCUGCAGCCGCGGGUCAGAGGCAGGUCAGGGCAGGCAGCGGGUCCAUGACGCCUGCUGGGUCCGGGGGCCACGGGCCAGCCGAGCGGAGCCAGGCUUCUGGGGGACUGUGGGGGCCGUGAGCACUCAGAGGGAGCGCCCCAGGCCCCUCCGGGGACCGGCCAGCCUGAAGAUGCCGACCAAUGGCCUGCACCAGGUGCUGAAGAUCCAGUUCGGCCUCCUCAACGACACCGACCGCUACCUGACAGCCGAGAGCUUCGGCUUCAAGGUCAAUGCGUCAGCGCCCAGCCUCAAGAGGAAGCAGACCUGGGUGCUGGAGCCCGACCCCGGGCAGGGCACGGCAGUGCUGUUCCGCAGCAGCCACCUGGGCCGCUACCUGUCGGCCAAAGAGGACGGGCGUGUGGCCUGCGAGGCGGAGCGGCCGGGCCGUGACUGCCGCUUCCUGGUCCUGCCACAGCCGGACGGGCGCUGGGUGCUGCAGUCAGAGCCGCACGGCCGCUUUUUCGGGGGCACUGAGGACCGGCUGUCCUGCUUCGCCACGGCCAUCUCCCCUGCGGAGCUGUGGACGGUGCAUCUGGCCAUCCACCCGCAGGCCCACCUGCUGAGCGUGAGCCGGCGGCGCUACGUGCACCUGUGCCUGCAGGAGGACGAGAUGGCAGCGGACGGCGACGUGCCCUGGGGUGUGGACGCCCUCCUCACCCUCAUCUUCCAGAGCCGGCAGUACUGCCUCAAGACCUGUGACAGCCGCUACCUGCGCAGCGAUGGCCGCCUGGUCUGGGAGCCCGAGUCACGGGCCCGCUACACACUGGAGUUCAAGGCAGGCAAGCUGGCCUUUAAGGACUGCGACGGCCGCUACCUGGCACCCGUGGGGCCUGCUGGCACCCUCAAGGCCGGCCGGAACACGCGGCCGGGCAAGGAUGAGCUCUUUGACCUGGAGGAGAGUCACCCGCAGGUAGUGCUGGUGGCCGCCAACCACCGCUACGUCUCCGUGCGCCAAGGGGUCAACGUCUCAGCCAAUCAGGAUGAAGAACUAGACCAUGAGACCUUCCUGAUGCAAAUUGACCAGGAGACAAAGAAGUGCACCUUCUAUUCCAGCAUUGGGGGUUACUGGACCCUGGUCACCCAUGGGGGCAUUGAGGCCACAGCCACAGAAGUUUCCGCCGACACCAUGUUUGAGCUGCAGUGGCGCGGCCGGCGAGUGGCACUCAAAGCCAGCAAUGGGCGCUACGUGUGCAUGAAGAAGAACGGGCAGCUGGCGGCCAUCAGCGACUUUGUGGGUGAGGGCCCACCUCGCCCGGCCUGGACGGGGAAGGUGACGGGAGGGGCGGCGCAGCAGACGCUCUCCCCGCCAGGCAAGGACGAGGAGUUCAUCCUUAAGCUCAUCAACCGGCCCAUCCUGGUGCUGCGCAGCCUGGACGGCUUCGUCUGCCACCGCCGCGGCUCCAACCAGCUGGACACCAACCGCUCGGUCUACGACGUCUUCCACCUGAGCUUCAGCGACGGCGCGUACCAGAUCCGAGGCCGCGGCGGCGGGUUCUGGUACACCGGCAGCCAUGGCAGCGUGUGCAGCGACGGCGAACGCCCCGAGGAUUUCCUCUUCGAGUUCCGCGAGCGCGGCCGCCUGGCCAUCCGCGCCCGGAGCGGCAAGUACCUGCGCGGCGGCGCCUCGGGCCUGCUGCGCGCGGACGCCGACGCCCCGGCCGGGCCCGCGCUCUGGGAGUACUGAGGCCGCGCAUUAAACCGUCUGUCCCGCAGCUGCGCGUGGGCUCCGGGGCGCCUGCAGCUGGAGGUGGAGGAGGCCCGCCGUUCUCCCCACAGAGCGCCCAGAACCUCCCAGUGCCCAAGGACUGCGGCCCCGGAGGCGGCCUUGUGGGUGGGCGGGGUGACCCAGGCCGGUGGAGGUGAGGAGGGAGGGGAGGUCUUGAGGCCCUGGGGAGCAUGGAGGCUGAGGGUGGGUGGGGGACAGCCUGAGCCUGGGUGGGGUGAAGCCACCAACACAGAUCACAGAUGAUCUCACGACACCACGCCGCCCCAGCCUAGGCCCUCAACCCUCCCUAGCCCCUGGCAGGUCCCUCGGGCUUCUUUCCUUCCUUGCACACUGCUCAAGGCCAAGCGAGUGGCAGAGGGUGGGGGAGAGCCAAUCCUGGGGACGUGGCACCCACAGCAAGAGGAGGAACCUGCUGGGAUGCCCCUUCCCUAAGCCCACCAGCCUUAGGGGCAAAGAAGGGCAGGGUUCAGUGGGAAGGGGCCGGAACUGUCCCAACCACGUGGGCAAGGCGGGUCCGAGUUAACCCUUGGAGGACCAGGCGCUACCUGGUCCAAGCUGGCAGGGAGGAGCAGUAGCCCUAGAGCUAGGGCUGUUCCCGGUGUGGUGCCUGCAGUGUCCCCUGGUGGCAGCUAAGGCUGGGGGCACCAGGUGGAACCACAGUGGCUGGCACUCAGCACCUCCAGGCUCCCCCUCAGCAGAGCCUUGGAGAGGGUCUCCCAGUACCACCCUGCCUGACUUGGCCUACCACUGCGGGAACCCCCUUCCAUCCACAUCCACAGCCUGGGGCGAGGCUGGAGGCAGAGGCUAGCCUGUGGAGGGUGGGGUAGGAGGUCAAAGAAACCCUUUUGAACAGGGCAUAAUGGCCGGGCCUGGAAGGGUGGGCCCCACUGCUGCUGCUGAGGGAGGUGGUGCUCUGUGCAGACAGCUGCCAGGUGGUGCCCAGCAGGUGCCCCUGAGAGGAUGAGGAAGCGCUGCUCCCACCCUACGUGUGAGCUGGGCUGAGAGUCAUGCAAGACUAGUGUCAAGCUAGGAUCUGAGCUGGAACAGGUGGAGAAUGCCGGAAAGGUUGAGGCCGCCCCUGGCACCGGGGAAGGGCCUCACAUAGGGAUACCUUGGCGACGACGGCCCAGGUGUGCACUGAGCAGGUGAGGGCGGGGAGGCCCAGGAUGGGCAGCAGAGCCGGCCACAGCAUGAUCCACAGGCUCACCGAGAAGCUGACUGUGGACCUGCCACCUGCCUCUGAGGCCAGCGCUCUCUGAAUGCCCAGUGUUGACGGCAGGUUCCCUGGAGGUGCCUGUGAGUUGGAGGCAUUUCAGAGUCCUGUGCACUCCAGCAGCUGCCCACUGUGGUCCCUUUUCCUGCCUCUGUAGAUUUCCUUUUUGCUGUUCCACAUGACCUGUCCUCUUGGUCCUGUCAGGGUCUGUGCUACAGCUUUUUUG